AUGCCUUCCAUGUGGCUAACAGACUCCCAGAAAUGCCCUGGCGCAGGAGCUUUUGCGACACGCGACCAAAAGGCUCUUGCAACCCCGUGGAGCCGGUCGCAAGCUCCAGCUCGUGCGCCAGGUGCUGCCGUGGCGGCCGCAUCCGCUGUGCCAGACAAUUAUGCUAACGUGACACUUUUCCCCAACUUGCAGAAGUCGGAGUGGCUUUCUGCUCCGGUGAUCCUCUUCCUCAUCGGCCUCACCAUCAUCAUCGGCCCGGCCAAGACGCUCCUCUUCUUCGCGCGCAAGCAAAAGGCCAAGGGCACUGCCGCCUUCUUUGGUGGCCUUCUCCUGAUUCUGCUGCGGUGGCCGCUGAUCGGCUUCUGCGUCGAGCUGUACGGCAUCAUGGUCCUCUUUGGCGACUUCCUGGGCACCAUUGCCGCCUUUGCACGGAACGCGCCCGUGGUGGGACCGUACAUUGGCGUGGCCGUGGAUCGCGCAGGAAUCGGCCGGCGCAACACGGACCUGCCGGUGUGA